UUGGCCGCGGGCUAUCGGAAGGCCCUCAUCCCUUCCCCUGUCCUUGAACGUAAGUUCCUCUCCGUCGUGGGAGCUGUCACACAGUUCCAGCUUCAGAGGGAGUGCUGUUGGGCCCAUCUGGACAGUGCCUGGGAUGAAGCCCACGCAGGCGACUAUAUAAACUUUAAAGGUCCUGCCUGGCAGUGCGCAGAUCUCCUCGUGGGGCCGCCCAAGACCAGCCUGGGGCCAGUGGCUGAUUUCACCCAGAUGCUCAGCAGUGAGCUCGCAGGGGCCAGAGGCCAGGAAGUGAUGAGUGAUAAAGCAGAGGAGUCCGCUGUUGGGCCCAAAAGCCAAGUGAAACGUUCUGGAAAAUCCAGCACUCUGCCUCCAUUUAAGAAAAGGCUGAGCAUGCCGCUGCUGUCAGUGAGAGAGGAAGGAGAGGGAUCAUCCCAGCCUGGGGACUCAGCCGUCUGUCUCUCUGCAGAUGAGCCCAAGGGCACAGCAAUGUCUGUGUGGGAAGAUGUGCCAGAUCAACUGCCAAUACCAGUGAAAAUCAAUAUGGAUAUAAAACUGCAAUUGAAGAAGGAAAUUCGAUAUUUUGAAGGCAAAUACGAAAAAAUCCUCAAAUUGCUUGAGGGAGUGCAAGGACCUCCAGAAGUGCAGAAAAGAUUUGCUGUAUAUGCCAUGAAGGAAGCAGCAAGAUUUAAAAGAGAAGGCUUAAUAAGUCACCUUGAGAAGGUACUAGAGAAAAUAGAAUGCAACCAGUUUCUCAACAAAG